AUGUCAUCAAUUUUUGGGAGCUCUAACCAAAAUACUGAGAAUAGGUUUUCAAACUUGACGGUUAAUAUUCCGCAACAACAGCUAUCACAACAGCCAGCUGCAUCGGCUUUUUCUCACCAGCAGCAGGUGAAUGUGCCAACGUUAGUUGGCCCAGGUAGUGCGGGACAAAGUUUGGACUCGAGUUCAGAUGGAUCAAAGACUUCCUGGUUCAACAACCCCAGAAAGCGCACUAUCCCGCAGUCCAUCGUCAAACGUGCGGCAAAGGCCGGUCCUUCCGACAACUCCAACGCUAACGGGCCUACGACAACAACAUCGGCUAAUGGGGGUGGGUUUGAUGCUAUGACUUUCGGAAACAAAAAAGCUGCUACUAUUUUCAACCCCUCCAAAAAACCACAUGAACCAAAGGACGCCUUGCCCAACGCAAUUCUAAUCGAUUCCAAUGAAGCACCCCCUUCUAAAUCUUUGUUUGAUUGGCAGCGGGAAGACGAAUUUGGGUCGAUGUUGCCAGAGAAUUACGACUCACGCACAAGUAUCUCUUCCUUCGGUUCCAAAAAACAACCCGGCUCAUCGAUUGCCGGUAACGUGUUCGAUAAAGGUGCUACCGUCGAUGCCCCCUCAAAGGAUAGUACUGGUGCCGAUAAAGGAAAUAAGCCUAGCCCAACGCCGCGGAGCGAAAGUGCAGUGAUUGUUUUUGGUUAUCCUGAGUCCAUCUCUAACCAAAUAAUCAUCCAAUUCUCUAAAUUUGGCAAUAUUUUAGAGGACUUUGAAGCUCUUAGGGGUAAAUCGGGUACAAACGCCGCUACAUUGAGACUUCGGAAUAAACAUGCUGACGAAAACGGCAUUCGUCGUAAGUAUCCUAUAUUUACGGGUGAUGGUUGGAUCAAGCUAACUUAUGAUUCUCCAUCUUCAGCCUUGCGAGCAUUACAGGAAAAUGGCGUGGUUUAUGGCGGUUGCUUGAUAGGUUGUGUUCCCUACAAAAAGAGUGCUGUCGAGCAGCUCGCAUCUUGCAAGAUUGAACAGACAGACGAUGUGGGAAGUUUUAAUCUGCCUACUAACCCGACGCCUAGUCCCACGCUUAAUGUGGGAAAGGGUGAUUCACCAGGUGAUAUGCUCAAUGUGGAUAGGCAUAAUGGAAUUUUUUUGAAUUCUCAACGUAUAGAAAUGAAAGAUGGAAAAUCUCUUUUUCUUGGAGGUAAUCGCAGCAGCACUCAUGAUAACGCGUUUCUCAAGACGCUUGAGUCAAGAAUGCACGAUCAAGACAAAAAUCAACACUCUAACGGGGUUCUUGGAAAAGUGAAUAACUGGCUGUUUGGAUGGAACGAUUUAUAG